AUGCGAGCAGUCAUUCUACUGUUUCUCCUCUAUGCAAAUGCAUUGGGUGAGGAUAAGUCAAGUGGAAAGGGCAGUACGGACGAGCCUAAACUUCCUCGAUGUCCUCAUGUAAAUCCUUACAAAAACCUAGAAAAAUGGAUGGAGUACAGGCCAACAAAUUGCAAUUACACAAGCGUUGAGGAGGAUCUAACAGAAGAGCAAAAAACCUAUCAGACCUUCGGGUUGAAAAGCUUCGCUUUCGAUUCGCUAGCAAGUGAUCGACUUGGAAUAGAUCGAAAUCCUGGCGUUGUAGCCCAUAAAUUGUGCGCCAACACUACAUUUGACGCAGAAUUUUCGACCUCAAUAGUCAUUGUUCACCACAAUGAAUGUUUAUCGGUAUUGCUGCGAAUGUUGACAGGAAUUUUUGAACGUACGCCUGAGCAUAUGCUGCAUGAAGUAAUUCUCUACGAAGACGCCAGUGAAGAAGAGCAUAAG